UGUCUUGAUGACGACUCGUGCCGCGGUGUACGUGCGUUUCGAUAGCGACGGUUGUUUUGCACGUGUUAAAUAGACAAUCGGCAACGGAUUGCCCGACACACGGUGGUGAUGUUUUGUGUUUGUAUUGGGAAACACGAUCAGAUGAACAGGAGAACUGCUGAAAUUCAAGCUUGAAUUCAAUCGUUGUACGGAUAUUAUCUUAUUAGAAAAACCCAUAGCAAGACAAUUACACUUGACGAUAAACGAUUGUUGACUAAGUACUACUUCACUGGAUGUUAUGUAAGGACCGUCGUAAAAUGGAUUAAUUUUCUGAUGAAUUAACAAAUUUAUUAAGAGGUUAGCAAUCAUUUAAAGACAUCGUUUUUCAACAAAAGUUGAAUAAGAUAUCUUAAAGACAACUGGUCAAUUGUUUGAAAACGUCUAUAAAUUGUAAUAUUCAGACGAUUUAAACAGUUAUCCCAGUCUUUAACAUGCGUAAGAAGCAAACUACUGCAAGAUUGUAUACGUCAAAACAGACAUCAAAAGAUAUAGCUGAUAAAAUCACAAACACAAAAUGAGUUGACUCUCCGUAAUGGUUCAAUGGACGUCGGCGGUGAUCACUACGAUUACGCUGAUGAUGAUAAUGGCAACAGUGAUGUCGCCAGCGAACGGCAACAGUGACAGGCUGUCGGUAGCCACGCCGGGCUGUCCGGCGGGGUGUUCGUGCAAGUGGAAGAACGGCAAGCAGACGGUGGAAUGCGUCAAUAAAAAAGUAACGGCCGUUACCGGUUUGGGCAUCGAUUCGGCCACCCAAGUGCUGGACAUAUCGGACAACGACUUGUCGGCUGCAGGUCUUCCUCGAGAUACAUUUCUUACGGCCGGCCUGUCUAACCUGCAACGGAUCCACGCGGCCCGAUGCAACAUGUACUACGUGCACGAUCGAGCGUUCCGGGGUCUUACUAAUCUAGUCGAUCUGGAUCUGUCGGGCAACUGUUUGCGCGAAGUGCCCACUACCGCGUUCGGUGAGUGCACGUCACUGAUGAAGCUCAACCUGGCCGGCAACCCGAUCGACCGAGUGGCGGCACGCGCGUUCCGGCACCUGAAUCAGCUCACUUUGCUGGACCUCAGUCGGUGCGGAAUACAACGGGUUGAGGCCGGCGCGUUUGAUGGCCUUCGAAACCUAGAUUGGCUGAAAUUGGACAGUAAUCGGCUGACACACGUGCCCGGACCAGACACGCUACCAAAACAACUCCACGGAGUCGAUCUGCACCGAAACGACUGGCAGUGCGACUGCCAAAUGAUCGAUAUGCAUCGGUGGUUGUCCGAGUGCCACGUGCCGGCCACGGUAGAACCGGUGUGCGCGGGUCCAGACGAGUAUGCCGGCGUGCCGAUUAGGGCAGUGUCCAGUAUCGAACUGGCGUGCGAACCGAUAGUGGACUACGAAUCGUACGCGAUGGCUGUACAAGACGUGCACGAAGGCGAGGACGUGGUGUUUCGGUGUCUAGUGAUGGCCACGCCGGCGGCCACAGUCGAGUGGUUGUUUGGGGACGAGCUCGUAGACCGGCAUAACGCUACCGAGUACGUGUCCGUGGACGGUAAUACGACGGCUGAACUACACGUGUUCAACGCCAGUAAGGAAGACGCCGGCAAGUACACGUGCUUGGCCGAAAAUCGUGCCGGAACCGCGAGAGCCAAUUUCACGGUGACCGUGCGUCCUCGUCCAUCUACUGCCGCCGGAUCAUCACCGCCUUCAUCGUCGUCUACAUCCUCGUCGUCCAGUGAGGACGUCGGUCGCCUACCAUACAUGGCGUACACGGCCACUGUCUGUAGUGUUGCCAUACUAGCCGCGGCGGCCGCACUAAUGGCUGUACACUGCAGUAAAUUGGCCAAACGGAUGGAACCCGAUUCGGGUGUCUCGACAGACAAGAGGCGCACGUCUGGAGCAUCAGCAGUGUCCGGGACGUUGGCCGUUGGUUACCGAACGGUGGACACGAUGGACAAAGAACCUGUACCGGCGACCCCAGGGCCGGCAAUGUCCGAGACUGCUUUAGUAGGGGCCGUGGACGACGUCGACCACAAUCCGGACGUGGUGAAUGACGCCAGCAAAAAGGAAAAUCGUUGUAGUGAAUGGGAAAUCGACUUCGACGACAUCGUGUGGACGGACUGCUCGCCGGCGGCCACCGGUUACGUGUCCAUACAAAUACCGGUACAGUGCGGAGUCGGGUGUCUUGGGGCGUACUACGCCAUCGCCACCGCAAGCGCCGAUACCAUGACGGCGACGGGCACGUUCGGUCGACGCCAACGGCGGGCAGUGUUGGCCGCCACCACGACAGCCGCAACGACGACGACUUGCGACGGAUACGACACCUUGGCCGCCAUCCGGUCAAUAGCGUUUGACGACACGGCCACCGCCAUUCGGACGACAGCUCAAGGAUAUCCAGCCGUUACCGCAUCGCCGCCAACAAUAAUAGUGGACACCGAUGGCGAAUCCGUCACGCCAAUCCUGAGUCCACCCUUACCGUUCAGGUCACCAGUGGACGACGCCGACGACUCCAUAGCUUUGUGAAAAAGCUCUACUUUUCUGACACGAUUUUUUGCAACCAACAAAUACCAAAAACAAAUAGUAAUAUAUCGGUAAAAACCGUUAAAAUAAGUGGGGUGCUUUAAACACUGAAAAAGUCCCCUCGCAUGGAACACAAUUUUGGGGGUGCUAGCUUGCCAACCCCACCUCAAAUUGCGUCUUUGAAACUCAUAUGUUACAAUACUCAUACCAAUUUCUUUUAUGAAGUAUUCUCUAAUCGCUUGUCUUUUUUUUUUAUUUAACCAUUACCUAAGUACUAGCAUUAUAACUAUUGUUUAAUAUUUGUAUAUUAUGCAAAUAUAAGGUUGUCAAUGUUUUGAUUAUAAAAGUUAAUUUGUAUGUAUUUACAUGUUUUUCUUUAGCUUGCUAACACGUACGUACGUUUGUACGGGUAUUUUUCAAAUUUUGCAAAAAUAAUUUAACUCACUUUCCAAUGUUGUAUGGGGCUGAA